UUGCAGUCUUGUGCAUUCUCAGGGACGUGCCUGGAGUGGACAAAUCAUGCUCAUUGGGUGGGAGAGGGACUCAGCGCUGUACCCAAGAUGAAGGAGGAGAGGAGGAAGACUUCCUCGACAGAAGACACAGCCAUCCCUUCGCAAUUCUCACUCUUUGGCCUCCUCCUUCUUUUCCAGGCAGUCAGAGUGGCCGGCGUCAACAUCACCAGUCAGGCUCAUCUGGUCCGAGGCACGUUGGGUGGAGAGGCCCUGCUCUCCGUCAGCUACACCAGCACCAGCUCCGACCAACCGGUCAUCAAGUGGCAGCUGAAGAGGGACAAGCAGCAGCCCAUCACCGUAGUCCAGUCCAUAGGCACCAGCGUCAUCGGGAACCUGCGGCCCGAGUACAGGGACCGCAUCGUGGUGUUUGAGAACGGCACCUUGCUCCUCCACAACCUGCAGCUGUCUGACGAGGGGGCCUAUGAAGUGGAGAUCUCCAUAACGGAUGAUGCCUUCACUGCGGAGCGCAACAUCAACCUCACCGUAGACGUACCUGUGUCCAGACCCUACGUCCAAAUGAUAGCCUCCUCCGUGCUGGAGUUGAGUGAACUCUUCACCUUACACUGUUCCCACGGCGAUGGCACCAAGCCCACCUACAGUUGGCUGAAAGGGGGAAAGGUGCUGACCAAUGACUCGCGCCUGCUCCUGUCACAUGACCAGAAGUAUCUGACCAUCGCCCGGGUGCUGAUGUCAGACGAUGACAUCUACAGCUGUACGGUGGAUAACCCAAUCAGUGGCAUGAGGAGUGUGCCUGUCAAACUCACCGUCUACAGACGGAGUUCCCUGUAUAUCAUCCUUACCACCGGGGGCAUUUUCCUCCUCAUCACCCUGGUGACAGUGUGCGCCUGCUGGAAGCCCUCUAAAAAGAAGAAGCGGCGGGCUGCUAUGGCAGCCAUGUUGCAGAGAUCUCCAGUGUAUGUAGAGAGGAGUGACAUCAGUCACGGGGUUGAUGUGGUGCCAAACACAAUAGCCCAUGGAACCCAUGGCCGUAGGAGCCCAAUGGCUCUUUACGUUGUCAAUGAAGAUGAGAGUCUUGAAGGUGAGGAUGAUUGUUCAGCCAACUCCAUCAGCCUCUCAGACCUCGCCCCGCCUGGUUACCCCAGCCCCCUCCCACCAUCCUCCCACUCACCCGAGGCACCCACCCGGCCCGUUCGCAAAUACCCUCGUACCCCUGUGCCCUCACCCCCUGCCACCCCACUCAAGCCCUCAGCUCAGCCACCUGUCAUGCCCUCAGCUCCACCCCCUGGAUCACCUCCACAUGUCCAGAGCUCAGGGCGUAAACUCCGCCCUCCUGUGGGCAUCCCCACCAAUCAACAGACAGAGGAGCCCCCGGCUACCUCAGAGGCCGACGACCGGGAUUAGUGUCUCAAUGACCACCCUCACUCACCUAUCACUGCUUCUACUGUAGAAUUCAUCCACAUCUAACCAUGGAAAUGUGUCGAUUAUCUUGUCUGUUUGGCUGGGUUUUGGUGUAAAGAUAUUUGCUGCGCCAGGAUCAACUGCUCUGAUCAUGGUUUCCCUAUACCCCUGGGAAAAAUGGUACGUUGUUCUUUUUCCCCCACCAAGGUUUAAAAACAUGAAACAUCGUCCAUACUGCACAACACUGCUUUGAGCUUGGUUCAGGUGUGAAUCAACUUGGACCAAUGGCCGUUCAUGUAGCCUGACUCUCGAUCACUUUGCGCUUUAGCCAACUCCUCUCUGCUGUGGUGACAAUGAUAGUCAGAGGAGUGAGCUACAACACAUACAGAUCUGGGACCAGGUUAACCCCCAUGGCUAUUCUGGUGAACUCAUGUAACAAACAGUAUCCACCAAUCAUUUUUUGGGGCAGUCAAUGUAUGGGAGUUGCCACAUGGUGAGGGGCAAGGGGGAUGUAAGUAGCCACAGUCAAUUUACACUGGGAUCUGGAUAUGCUAUUACUUGAAAAUUAGGGUAAUGAUAAUGUGUCCAUCUUGUUUGAUUUGCUACUUCCAGUAGAGGUAAUGAGGAAGGGGGUUUCACAGAAACUGCCAUCCUAAGCCUUGGACUCGUUAUGUACAUAUGUCAAUAGUGUAUGUGGUGUUCUUAGAAUAGUUUUUAGGACCUUUUGCCUCCAAAUACAUUUUUUCAAAUAACAUUUCAUCCUAAAACCAUGUUUCUAUUCCAUGUGUCAAAAUGAGGUAUGACAUUUUAUAGCCUAAAUUUUUUUAACAAUAAAUGGAAUGUUGGAAAAUUCCUCUGCCAUAAAAUAGUUUUACUUUAACCUGUAUACCAGCAUAAAAACAGUUAUUUCUAUUCAA